AUGAUCGACACAGAAAAGUUGAUCGAAUCCAUCAUCAGGGCAGUCAUGUUUGUAGCAGGGAUCCUGGGAAACAACUGGCUGGCUUUACGUUCUCUGCCUGUGAACACAUCUGGGCUUCGUACUAAUGAGGUCCUGUUCCUCAACCUUGCCUUUUCCAACCUCAUCACCAAUUACCUGGUGGACCUGCCCGACACCAUGGCAGACUUUGCUGGAAGAUGGUUCAUGGGGGAAACCUUCUGUGGUGUGUUUCGUUUUUGCGCCGACCUAUCUGAAACUAGCAGCAUCUUCACCACCUUGUUCAUUAGUGCAUUCUGGUACCAGAAGCUUGUUGGCUCCCUGAAACGAGGAGGUGCACCAGUGCAGCUGGACAACCUGGUCUUGGUAGGCUGCCUGCUUGUCGGGAGCUGGACGGUGGCUGUGGUCUUCAGCAUCCCACACUUUUUCUUUGUCACAGUGGAAGGGGCAAAUGACAGCCAUAAAGACUGUAUAGAUGUCUUCCCAAAUGCACUGGCAAGGCAAACCUACGAGAUCUUAUACUUAACCCUUGCUAACGCUCUCCCUGUUGCUGGAAUAGUAUAUGCUAGUUUCCAGAUUGUCAUCACUUUGCUUAAAAACCAGCGUUGCAUACGGGGCCACAACUCCAAUCCCACCAAGGAAAUGUUUAAGGACAGCAAGAGUCUUGAAAAGAUUAAAGAAGAGAAACCAAACACCUCCAAAGAAAUCAACGAAUCUUCUAACAUUUACAUUGGCGUGACUGCUGCUUCUUCCUUACAUGUUUCCCAAAGCUCUCAAGUCAAAAGCAAAACAAAUAGGGACACCAGCGCUGCUGAUCCACCAAAUAAUUCAAAGACCAGCCAGAUGCCUGCUAAGUCCAACCUGAAUUCGAGCUCUCAGGUCAGGGCGGCCAAAAGCGUGGUGGCUGUUGCCAGUGUGUUCCUAGUCUGCUGGCUGACUCACCUCCUUCUGCGCAUUACCAGAAACAUCCACACAUCAUCGCUUGUGGUGGAGGUGGAGAGCUAUAUAGCAGCCUCCUACACCUGCAUUAUUCCCUACAUAUUUCUGCAUGGAGUGAAAAAACUGUCAUGCACAUGCAAACGGUAG